AUGUAUGGAAUCGGUGGUUUUGUCCUUCUGCUCGUUCUUGGUUCAUCCCUGGCACAGAAUGUUACACAUGCUGAGAUAUUAGCAGCAACGGAUGUAGCUUUUAACCAUGUAGAUGUAAACAACGAUUCCUUUGUUGAAUAUAGUGAAUUGGAACAUUCGUUCCUUCGUGUCGAUUCUAACUAUGAUCAUCGUGUGAGCUUACUGGAAUACGAUAGAGGUGGUUCAGGCCAUCCCUUCCGAGCAGCAGUCUUCCAGGAGAUGGACUUUGAUGGAGAUGGUUUCGUGGAUCGCAGUGCCAUAAUGGGACAGUAUUCGAUGAUGGACUUAAACACUGACAACACUGUAAGUCGGCGUGAGUUUGAGACAUAUUAUACAGCAGUAAACGACCACAAAGUAAGUGAAGCUGAAUAUAUAAAAGUUGGUACCAACCAAGUCUUCAGUACAAUGGUGUUUCAGGAGAUGGAUUAUGAUGGAGAUGGUUAUGUAGAUCGCAGUGCAAUCAUGGGAGAAUACAGUGUGAUGGACACCAACGGUCAGUAG